AUGCCCAGUAACACGCCUGCGUACAGGCUUCAUGAAAAUUUGGACAGCGAUCUGAGAUCAAAGAUGGCGGGCGCCUCCGACCCUCUGGAAGAUAUGCUCUUCUCCGAGGUGGACGAAAAAGCUGUAAGCGACUUAGUGGGCUCCCUGGAGUCACAGCUUGUCGGCCAAAGCAACCCACCAGCUCCCCAUACUGAAACCAGGAGUGCUGGGUCUACAGGCGCUGCCAAUCACCACUUAGGAAGAAUGCUACCUGCCCAAGUGGGUACUGUAGUAGAGCAGCAGCAGCAACAACAACAAGGACAACAUAAAGCUGGGCUAAGUCAGGAGCCUAACUCUAAAGAAAUUAGCUCGGAUAAGAUAUCGUCUUCACUUAAUUCCAUUUCUCCGUUCGAAGAAGCUUCCAUCACUUCUGCGACUGGGGUAGACGCCAGUAGCGGCUUGCAAUCACAUGGAGCAUCUAAUACCACAACACUGUCUGCAUCUGGACUGGUAACUUUGCCACCUCCGCUGGUCAGCAUCAACCCUACCAACAGAGCGCAGCCAGAUUUUUCAGCUGCCCAAACGGCGAUUACUCUGGAUGGUCGAGGGACUCCGACCAUAGCUCUGCAAAGACUUCCGAGUCACAUCAUGGCUAGCAUUUCACAGAAUGGAAAUGGUACUACAGUUUCAGCAUUAGUCCAGCAAGACGCUCGGGCAGGUCCCACAGUCGCUGGAGCUACUCAGAUAGUAAACCACAACAAGAGCGCAGAUGCCGGUAAUCCGAAGUCAGACUCUGCCGUAACAUCAAAAAUAAUAAUGUCGAGUCAGCCUGGCGUUGUGGGUUCAAUAAACAACCCUACUGCUUCUCCCGCUCCCGCUGUUAACCCCUCAAGCCAGCAGCAGAGUUCUGUUACCAAUUCGGUGCCUGCAGUCAGCAGCCCCACAACCCUCACGGCUGUACCGAAAACGGCGCUGAAUGUUGUGGGUCAGCCGUCGGCCACCACGGUUGGUAUAAGACCCGGGGCUCCUUUACCGUCCCCUGCCAUAGCAACUGCGACGCAGCCCCAACAAGUUCGACCCGGAGUAGGUGCCACUCAGAGGAUAGUGGCACCGCAGCUGAUUGUAAGACCACCUCAACAGCAGACUACCAUUCAGCUCCCACCCGGAUUCACCAUCCCACAGGGCAUGGUGCUAGUGCGCACUGAGAUGGGGCAGUUAGUGAUGGUUCCACAGCAGGCCCUGGCCCAGGCCCAGGCCCAAGCCCAAGCCCAGGCCCAGGCCCAAGCACAGGCCCAGAGUCAAGGCCAGAACAGCAUCUCCCCUCGACCUGCGACCCCCACCCCCGGGACCACCUUCAGGGUGACCACCACACAGUCUCCUAUGAUCUCCCAAGUCAUCCGUCCAGGCCCCCCAGUCCAGGCCAAGAUGGUGCAGCCCCCCACUCCCACUGGUAGUCCUGCCCUCCAGAAGGCGGCAGUGACCGGGGGCCCGCUGGCAGCGGCGGUGGCUGUGACGGCUCCGCAGCAGCCCCCCACGGUGAUCGCAGGGGGACAGAGCGCCCCCCAGGCCCAGCCCCAGCCCGCCUCCCAGCCCCUGCCCCCGCAAAGCGCCACGCCAGCCAUCUCUGCACCCCCUGCCCCUGGAGCCUCCGUCAUCUCCCAGGAGAUGCAAGAAAAUGUGAAAAAAUGCAAGAACUUCUUGGCAACGCUGAUAAAGCUUGCGUCCCACAACUCACCCUCUCCAGAAACGUCCCGAAAUGUGAAGGCGCUCGUCCAAGACCUGCUGGACGCUAAGAUUGAACCUGAAGAAUUCACCAAUCGCCUGCAGUCAGAGCUGAAGUCCUCCCCCCAGCCUUACUUGGUUCCUUUCCUCAAGAAAAGCCUGCCUGCCCUCAGGCUGUCGCUGCUCAACAGCCAGCAGUCGCUGACGCAGCCCCUGCAGCAGGUAAAACCGGCCCCAGGGGCACCGCAGGCCACCACUGGCGCCGUGCCCGCCAUCGUCGCCGGUCCCACUGUCCGGGUGCGCCAUCCCAACAGCAUCACCACCGCUGUGCCGGGCGUCCUGCCAGGGGCAGCCCAAGGACAGGCUGCUGCCUUGGGCGUGAAGAGAGCAGGCAUUCAGAGCCAAGUUCGUGUGCCCAUGGUGAUUACGCAGGCUGUUCGGCCCCCAGGCACAGUUGGGAAGGGACCAACAAUACAAGCAAGCAAAAGUCCCAUGGGCUUUGCUGUUCAGGUCUCCACAAAUCAGAAAAACAAGCUCAACGACCCUGGAGGCGGUUCUUUCAGGGAUGAUGAUGACAUCAAUGAUGUGGCAUCCAUGGCUGGGGUGAACCUGAGUGAGGAGAGUGCCCGCAUCCUGGCCACCAACUCUGACCUGGUGGGCACACAAAUACGUUCCUGCAAGGAUGAGGCCUUCCUACCAAUUGGGCUGCUCCACAAACGUAUCUUGGAGACAGCAAAGAAGUUUGGAGUCACAGAGGUCCCUGUUGAGGCUGUCAACUACAUCUCCCAUGCAACACAGUCAAGGCUGCGAACAGUGCUGGAGAAAGUGUCCAUGAUUGCACAGCACAGAAUGGAGACGUGUAAAGAUGACGAAUGGUACGAGCAGUCCACGGACGUGCGCUCUCAGCUGAAGUUCUUCGAGCAGCUGGAGAGGAUGGAGAAGCAGAGGAAGGACGAGCAGGAGAGAGAGAUCCUGUUGAAAGCUGCUAAAAGUCGCUCCAGGCAGGAGGACCCAGAGCAAGCUCGGCUGAAACAAAAAGCCAAGGAGAUGCAGCAGCAGGAACUUGCACAGAUGAGACAACGGGAUGCCAACUUGACAGCAUUAGCUGCCAUCGGACCACGGAAGAAACGCAAAGUGGAUUCCCCAGGGGCUACUUCUGCAGGGACUGAGAUUUCAGGGAGUUCUGUGGGCUCUCCAGCGGGCUCCUCCACACCCUCCACCUCCUCACGCCAGUACCCCCGGCACCGCAUCACGCGCGUCAACCUCAGGGACUUCAUCUUCUACAUGGAGCAGGAGCGCGAGACGGCACGCUCCCUACUGCUCUACCGCGCCCUGCUCAAGUAGCACUCCUCUCAGAAGUCCCCCCCACUCCGCUGUCUUCAUUUCCCCUGCAACGUGCCUUCAAUUAGUUGUUUUUUCCGCAUCGUUUCUGUGUCUAAGUUGUGACAUAACUUUUAAACAAAAAAAAAGAGGAAAAAAAAAAUGCUUGUGUGUCUCCACUGUUUCAGCUCCAAAAUAACACAUGAUACAUGUCCAUAUAUUCAGGAUGUUAAAGAAGGCCAUGCAAAGUCUGGGGUUGAGUCAGAGAAGGAACCGUGAGUUCAUGUUAGGGUUGGAGAACUUUUGCGCAUUGUCUGGGCUACCCAUAUAUUUUGCGCCUGUUGAUGGGUGCUUUUUUCCCCUGAAACAACUAUCCCAAAGUGAAGGAUAACUGACAUAGUUCUUUUUUAAAGCAAUAUACUCCAAAUGUUACAUCACAGGCUAAUGUAUUGAUUGAAUGAAUCCAGCUUGGGUCAUUGCAUUUCAGGAAAAAAUGAUGGCUAAUAGUCUCUAUUUUAAUAUUUUUGGAACAAUGCAUUGUUUAGAAUUAAGAG